UUCCCGUUGGGACGGCGAAGAUGUCGGUGAAUUACGCGGCGGGGUUGUCGCCGUAUGCGGACAAGGGGAAGUGCGGACUCCCCGAGAUCUUUGACCCCCCGGAGGAGUUGGAGCGGAAGGUGUGGGAGCUGGCGAGGCUGGUCUGGCAGUCCUCCAAUGUGGUGUUCCACACGGGUGCCGGCAUCAGCACCGCCUCGGGCAUCCCCGACUUCAGGGGCCCCCAUGGGGUCUGGACGAUGGAGGAGCGGGGCCUGACCCCCAAGUUCGACACCACCUUUGAGAGCGCAUGGCCCACACAGACGCACAUGGCGCUGGUGCAGCUGGAGCGCGUGGGCCUCCUGCGCUUCCUGGUCAGCCAGAACGUGGAUGGGCUGCACGUGCGCUCCGGCUUCCCCAGGGACAAGCUGGCAGAGCUUCACGGGAACAUGUUUGUAGAAGAAUGUGUCAAGUGUAAGACGCGGUACGUCCGGGACGCCGUGGUGGGCAGCAUGGGCCUCAAGCCCACGGGCCGCCUCUGCACUGUGGCCAAGGCAAGGGGGCUGCGGGCCUGCAGGGGGGAGCUGAGAGACACCAUCCUCGACUGGGAAGAUGCUCUGCCCGACCGGGACCUGGCUCUUGCUGACCAGGCCAGCAGGAGUGCUGACCUGUCCAUCACCCUGGGCACCUCGCUACAAAUCCGGCCCAGUGGGAACCUGCCACUCGCCACCAAGCGCCGGGGAGGCCGACUGGUCAUCAUCAACCUUCAGCCCACCAAACAUGACCGCCAUGCCGACCUGCGCAUCCACGGCUAUGUAGACGAGGUCAUGACCCAGCUCAUGAAACACCUGGGGUUGGAGAUCCCCACCUGGGAUGGCCCCCGUCUGCUGGAGAGGGCCCUGCCGCCCCUGCCCUGUGUUAGUUUCCUGGGGCUACCCUAA